AUGUUGAACAACGAUGAGAGCCAGACUAUUUUGUCACUUUCCUCGACCUUGGAAAUACCAUUCGUUCGGGCGAGUACAUAUCAACACAACGUGUUUGGUAUUAAAAGAGAAAGCAGAUUUCUGCAGGACCAGAAGAUUUUGGCUUGCACAUGCUUGACAGAAUCUUGGUCUUUGGCCGUGCAGAGGAUCCGCGAUCCGUGGCUAAUCCAGCAUCUGAAAAUUCAAGAAUAGAGAACAGAGAAUCUUUCCAAAGCAAAGAUAAUAGAGAGAAAGAAAGAGAGAAAGAUAAUAUGGUUGAACGUUUAAAGGAGUGAAAAGAAGAAGAAGAAGAAGAAGAAGAAGAUGAAAGAGGAGAGGAGAGGAGCGGAGAGGGAGGGAAGAAAGAUGGACGGCGCGACGCAACGCACAGAGAAACCGAGUCAAACUCUCGGCCGGCUGGCGCCGUUCUGUCGGCCCCCGCUGCCUCUUGCGGCCAACAAAGCGCGCCGUACACCUCCUCCCCGUUUGUUUCGCCUGCCAUCGUCACCAACGUUAGCGCCAACACCACUACCAACCAAGUAUGCAAUACCAACACACCGCCACCAACACCAUUACCAUCGUCAUUGAUGAUAACGCGCUGCUGGUGUGCGAUACUCCUUAUAGCGAGAUGCUCGACCCCGUUGAAUGGCAAACUGAAUACCCUGUUCAUCCGUGUCGUGUGA